AGCUCAUUUUCGUAAAAAAUAAAAUUAUUUUAUUUUUUCUAUUAUCGGUAUAAUGCAUAAAGUAUAUUAUAUGAAAAAAAAUCAUGAGGAUCCAUCCCCUAUAUUCCCACGUUUCUACGCCCAUUGUACCUACCGAGUGUUAUUGGUAAUUGUUAUUAUUAUGUACAGUUUCUAAUAAAAAGAAAAUCUGCAAAUUGGUACUUAAUGUAGCGUUAUAUCAAUGCAUUUGCUGUCACCUGUUGUCUCUAAUUAAAAAUACACGGAACUAUUGAUUCUCAACAAGAUACUAGUAAUUUGAUAGUAAUAACUAAUAAUAUUAUAUAUAAUGAUAGUAACUAAGAUAUUCAUUAUACACGAACAAUUGUAUAAUAAAACUUAAUCAACUAUAUUUACCAUUCUAAUUUUUAACUACCCAGUACCCAAUAUCUCGAUCUGGAUGUUUUAAAUAAGUUUGAUCGUACCUACUAUCGACCUUCACAUUCUGAUUGUCCCAAUGCAUUUAAAAUGCGUACGUAAAUUUAAGAGAGAAAAAAAAAAUAAUUUUGUAAAAGUGUUUGCGAGUCAAAUUAGAUUUGUAUCACAAAUAUUAGUUGGAAAACAUUUUGAUAAUUUAAAUUUUGCAUUAUAAUUUUUAAAUCGAUAAAUAUUAUUAUUUCGCUUAAAUCGUGCUACCAAGGCGAGUUAACAAAUAAUAAAAUUGUCGGAUACAUUGAUUAGAUUAUAAAAUCAUUAAAAUCUACUUAGCGUGUUAUUGUUGUAUGGUGCUAUCGAGAAUAGAUAGUCUAAUGGCGGGAAACCCUUGAUAACGAAUACGGUUAUAGACUUAAACUUUAUUGGUGAUAAGGAAUCAACCAUCUAUGGAGGGUAACAAAUAAUAAUACUAUUAUAUUGUUUUGUGGUAGGUUAAAUAGGUAGUUCAAUAUAAUAUGAUAUUAUUGUCUACGAUCGGAAAAUCAUAAGACCUUGCCAGUCGAGAGGGGGGACAAUAGGAAUCCGAGUAGAUAUUGGACGGAAUAAUAUCUGGUAAUGGCAUGCUAAUUGAUUCGAUUAAUUUAUCUAGUCCAACUAAAUACUAAGAAUUCAAUCGCCGUGAGUCACAUCAUUGGCGGUAAUUAUUUUGUGACAUACCAGUUACCAGUGCUCGGUUAGUUCUUAGCUGAACAUCAGCUGGCCGGACUCUCUGACUUGUCGUGUCUCAUACUAAUUUCGAUGAUCAAUAAAAACAUCCACUUUUACAUACAUGUCGUUUAGUGUUUACCUGUUGUCUUCCUACUAUUCCCGUAGUUAGAUAUCUUUUUUACACAACACUCGCUGGCUAUACGCACCGUUUGCAACUCCAAACGCCAAGACAAGUCAAUACGCAUCGACGCAAUGAGUGAGGAAAAAUUGCAGCAGAGCCAUGAAGUCAUAACAGCAAAGUCAUCAACUAUUCCAACUAUGUAUUCAGGAAUUCCAUGUUUGAAUAUAGUACCAUGUUUGAAUAUGUUAGACCAAGGUGAUGUAGUAUUAAAAGAUCAUACAAAACUAAAGGACAUUAAAUUAUACCAGGAAGUGGUUUCAUCCAAAAAAUGUUCAACAACUACAAAGAAAAACGAAUCAUUAACAAAUAAACAAAUCAUUAACAAUCCAACACAUUUUACAAUUUAUGUAAGCGAUAGUGACGAUAGUAUUGUUCAUGAAGAAAUAAUAGAUAUACCAUUAAUUUCAACUUCAGUAACUGAAAUAUUAUCACCAGUGGCAUGUUCUAUGAUCGAAAAACCAAUUAUACCAGGUCUCCUUGAAUUUCCGAGAACUAUUACAAUAAUAUCAUCUAAGCCAACUGAUUUGAUGCUAGUUUCUUGUAUACCUUCUAGUAUCAUGUCACCAUAUGUGCAAUCAAAAAUUGAUUAUGAACUGCAGUUUAAAAUAUUUAAUGCUUGUAACAUGCUCAGAAAUACUACAUUCAUGUAUGAGCCAAAUUUGGUAAAAGUACUACCAAAAAUAGAGCAUUUAAAAUACUCUGUGAAAAUGUGUUACAAUGGAAAGCAUAUUUCUCCUUCACUUGAUGUUUUUAAAAUCACGACUGGAACACAAGUAACACAAUCAAUUAAAUUGAAAUGUGUAGAAAAGGUUUCAAUUACAAAACAACCUAAUGUAAAUGGAAUUAACAUAAAUUAUCCUUAUGUUUAAUCUCAAUAAGAAUGUAAUGAAUGCAAUCAACAUCUGAUAGAAACAUCAACAAACAACCCGAAAAUUGAUCAAAUUAGAUGAUUAAAAUAGAACACAAACAUUUAAUGUACAAAUCAUUACAGUUUCAGCCAAUUUGCAUAAUUCACAGGUAUUAUCUCAUUGUGUAACUCUAUAGCUUACAUUAAUUGAAUCAAAAAAAAUGUCUCUUAUUUAAAUAUAAAUAGAAGUUUUUUUUGAAUAGUGUAUUAUACCAAGCAUGGUAGAUUUAAUAUAAUAUGUUCAUAAAUUAUUAAUUAAUAGUUUAGAAUGUCUAGAUACCGUUAGAACUAAUUCAAAUAAUAUAACUAUUCCAUUUUUGUAAGUACUUCAAAAGUAUACAAAUAUUUUGUGCGUACCUAAAUAAUGGUGGUAAGUUUUUUAGAAAUAAUAUUAAUUUAGUGUGUAAUUUUAAUGUAUGUUAUUUAUUACUUGACAGCAGUUUUUCAUUUAUUUUGAUAUA